AUGUCCAACCACCAACAACGAGAUAGUUAUCACUCAUCACAUCACCACAACGAUCAUAGAGGCUAUAGACGAGAGGGAUCUUCAAAUUAUUCUAGUGAGGGAAGUAGACAUCCAUCAUCCUUUAAUAAUAACAAUUUCGGCCCACCUUCUUCAUCAUAUCGUUCAUCCCGAAAUGAUGAUCAUCAAUACCGCUAUAACGAUAACAACAGGCAGUACAAUAGAUCAGAUGAUAGAAGUAAUAAUUUAAAAAGAUCAUAUGAUGAUUAUAAACAAGAAACAAACAAGACUUCAGAGUCAUCAAACAAUACAAACCCUCAACUAAAUACAACAGCUACUACCACCACCACUUCAUCUAAUAAUACAAAACCAACUACAACAACAACAACAACAUCCGAUACUACCAAUACAACAACAACAACAAGUGAUGAAAAUGAAAAGAAAAAGGCUAGACUCGAAGCUUGGAAAAAGAAGAAAGAAAUGGGAGCUCUUCAAAAAUUGGAGGAAGAAAAGAAACAAAAAGUUCCUGUUCCACCACCAAAGCCAGUGAAGAAACCUCUCUCUUUUGGAACUAAAAAAACUGUAAAUAAUAACAUCAAAAUAAGUGUUCUUAAUAUGGACGAUGAUGAAGAAGAAACAACAACAAAACAAACUAAUUCGUUGAGUUUUUUGGAAGAAGAAGAGAAUGUAAAUACUAACAUGUCUGAUGAUGAAGAUGAUGAUCUUGAAAAAUACAUGUCAAGUAUUCACAGUGAAUUAAAACAAUCAGAGAAACCAAAAGAAAUUGAUAACGGUACGUUAAGUAAUGAAAAUACCGACCUGAAUUCUUCUGAAAUUAGAAAUCAAAAAGGACAAGUUUUAUUCUCUGAUGACACUGAUGAUGUCGAUUUAGAUAGUUACUUUAUUGCAAAAGAUGAUAUUACCAAUAGAAAUUUGGAGGGAUUAUCUGAAUUCCAAAAGCAAUCAAAGAAAGAUUUAAAACAAGUUGAUCAUUCAAAAAUGGAAUAUCUACCAUUUAGAAAGAAUUUCUUCAUAGUUCCUCGUGAAUAUGCUAAUAUGAGUGAAAAUGAUAUUGCAGAACUUCGUAAGGAAAUGGGUAAUAUCAAAGUACACGGUCAUGAUAUUCCUCCUCCAGUUAAAACAUGGACUCAAUGCGGUUUGAAUGAUACUAUAUUGGGAGUAUUGGAAACACAUGGUUAUACUAAACCAUUUGCUAUUCAAUCACAGGCAUUGCCAUGUAUUAUGAGUGGAAGAAAUAUUAUUGGUAUCGCUAAAACAGGUAGUGGAAAAACAUUAGCAUUUGUUUUACCAAUGUUGAGACAUGUUUUAGAUCAACCUCCACUCAAAACUGUAGAUGGUCCAAUAGGAAUUGUGAUGGCUCCAACAAGAGAAUUGGCUAUGCAAAUUCAUUCAGAUAUUGAAAAAUUCUCAGCACCACUCAUGCUUAAAACAGCUUGUGUUUAUGGAGGAGCUGGUAUUGCUGAACAAAUUGCAUUAUUGAAGAAUGGUGCUCACAUUAUUGUGUGCACUCCAGGAAGACUCAUUGACUUGUUGUGCGCCAAUAGAGGUAGAGUAACAAAUUUAACUCGAGAUUUAGUAUCAGCAGGUUACAGAGAAAAUGUUUGUACUCUGGAUGGUAGUAUGGAACAAAUAGAAAGAGAUUGCACUAUUUCUGAUUUUAAAUCACAAAAGUUUAAUAUUAUGGUUGGUACCAGUGUUUGUUCAAGAGGUUUAGAUGUUCCAAGUAUUAGACUUGUUGUUAACUAUAAUUGUCCAGAUCACUACGAAGAUUAUAUUCACAAAGUAGGUAGAACAGGCAGAGCUGGAAAGAAAGGAGUUGCCUAUACCUUUAUUUCUACUGAUGAAGAGAAAUAUGCUCCUGAUUUGGUUAAAGCUCUCAAACAAUCUAAUAAUCCUGUACCUGAAGAUUUACAAAAACUUUGUGAUAAUUAUCUUACAAAGAGGAAUUUAGGUCUAGUACAAGGUCAAAAGAAGAAUGCACUUCCUGGUUUUGUAGGUACAGGUUACAAAUUUGAUGAAAAGGAGGAAAAACAAAAGAUGGAAGAAAAGAAACAGAUGGCAUUCUCUUAUGCUCUUACUAAUAACGAUGAUACUAUACUGGAUCAAAUUGAUAUUCAAGAAGUUGAUGAGACCAAAAAGAAGGAUAAAUCUCAAAAGAAAAAAUCAAAGAAAGAAGAAACUGUUGUUGAUAGAGCAACUAAGGCUGCUGAUGCUGUUUAUAAGGAUAUUGAAAAGGAUGAUACUAUUACAGAAGAAGAGAAGGCAAUUCAAAGAGCUCAACUCUUUGCUGCUGCCCUCACUGUACAUACAUCAAUAUCUGAAAAACAAAAAGAAAAAGAGCUUUCUCAAAUGAUUUUGGCUGGAGUUGUAAAUAUCAAUGGUCUUUUCCGAACUGAAGUUGAAAUUAAUGAUUGGCCAAGAGGACCUCGUUCUGAAGUUCUCAAAAAGGAUAGCCUUCAUAGUAUCCAACAUUUCACCAACACAAAGAUUCAAAUUAAAGGCACUUACAUUCCACCUGAAACAAAACCACAGAAAGGAGAAAGAAAGCAAUAUUUGAUUGUAGAAGGUGCUGAUGAAGGAUCAGUUCAUCAAGCCAGAACUCAGAUAUUGAGUGUUCUAGGAGAAAGUGCUUCGGCAUUAGGAGACAAACGAGUUACAGGAAGAUUCCAAAUUGUAUAGAAUUCAAUAAAUAAAUUAUUUAUUC